GAACAGGAACCAGGUAUCUGUUGCUGUCAUUUCUGAGAGGCAGCAAUACAGAGAUGCUUGACUACAGGAUCAUUCGCAUCACCGCGAUCCUCACCGUCUUUCAUUCAACAAUUUCUGAGCACCACGUUCAGGCGAAGAAUGACCCACACGGCAAAUCAGACGUCAAAGACAGGAACCUGGCUAUACAGCGAGUAACUACAAACGACAGCAUUGCUUCAGUCCACUGCCCAGCACUGAAAGAUGAUGAGGAGAACGUUCGCAUCAGUCUGCACAGAAACACAUCUGAACUGCACUCGACUGAUUUCAGAAGGACUCAAGCAUUGAACAACUCAGAUCUCCAGCGCAGGUUUCAUGUAUCCAUUGAGAAUAAUACAGUCCAUUAUCUGAUAAGCCUGUCUCAAGCCAAUGACACAAGCCUGUACUGUUGUGAAGUCCAGCAUGGCACCACUGACAGCAGAAAAGUCUACACUUUGCUACUUGUUAAAGAUGCAGUUCCUUUCUGUCCAUAUGAGGGAGGACUAGUGUACUGGCUGAUGCUAACUGCAGGCUGUGGGUUAUUUGCUUUGUAUGACCUUAUUGUCACUAUUCUCACCUGUUCCUUUUGUUGGAAAUUCAAGAACGAAGAGGACAAAAAUCAGAGUGAUUAUUACAACGCAAAACCAGGAGAAUUCAGAACAGCCAGAUGAAUUCACAGUCCAGCUUCAGCGGCCAAUUACUGCCCACCUGUGCAUCUAUAACUGAACAUGUGUCCAACACAAUGUGCCCAUAAAAGAGCAGUGAUCUACAAUCAUGUGUUACAAAGACAACCAACCACUGAUUCACAACUUGACCAUAUACACUCAACUGUAUGCCUGAUUCAGUUCAUUCAAUAGGUUUAGUAACUGUCAUUAUAUUCUGCAUUUUUAUUAUGUCUUGUAAAUAUUUGUUGUCUUUGAAUACGGUGACAUCUUACAUCUACUAAUGUAACAAUACUCUAAUAUAUAAGACAUCUAUGCAGACUGUGGACCUGUUGUUUAAGACAAUGUUGUAAAAAAUGUGCUCUAUGGUAUUUUUUGACUCAUUAUUUUGAUCUUUUUUUUUAGCAUAAUGAAAACCUGUGCCAAUCAAUAUUAACUUUGUGCAUCUUCAUUAUUGGAAUCCAAAUAAAACUAAUCAAAUUCA